AUGACAAGCUCAAUAGAAAGUGAUGUCUGCUCUCCUGAUUCAACAGUAUCUUCUCUUUUAAGAAGCUAUAGCAUUGACAGGGAUAAUCCAUGCUCAAACAGUUUGAUUCACUACAAGGACAAGCUUUACAGCUCGGCAUCUGAGGCUUUAGAGGCUUAUAUUGAAGAUUUUGAUUUAAGUCUCACAUCGUCAGAGAUAAGCACUGGAAAAAUCUGCAUCUAUCAAAGCACUCCCAAACAAGUGAAGUUUUCAAAGCAUCAUGCCAAAGAAAAACAUGCAUUGGCUGGGUUUAAUCAGCACCCAGGACUGGAUUCUCUUGCUUCACCCUGCAGAAGGCAGGUCGAGGAUGACCCAGACUCGGUUAGUCUCACGACGGAUGAUCUGUUAACGUUUCCAGCAGAUGGAUCAUUGCCCUUUGUCCAGUGUACUCCUCCGAAAUCGUGGCUUCAAAGUAGGGAGUGGAACAGGCAGUCACUUCAAACAUCCUUUGGCCCUUCCGAGACCUCAUCGUUCAGUACUCAAAGUGGUCCCAGUCUCCAGGAGAAAGGGAAAGCUGUUGCUCACCAGAAUCCCCCCAAAGAUUUCAGCAGAAAGAAGCACCAUGUGUAUACACCUGAUAAGUGUGAUUCUGUCCCCUCUGAGGGAAGACCUCUGUCUUUUGAAGAGAACUCGAACACUUUGAAGAAUUAUCCAAGGUGGCUUACCAGUCAGAAGUCUGACUUAAGUGUAUCAGGGAUAAGCAGUAUUCCCAAUUUGCACUACCCGGUCUGGCUGAAAAGUUACAACCUUUUUUCUGAUUCAACUAAAGAAAGUGCUUGUCAAAAUUGUAACGUACAAGGCAAAGCUUCCUCUUCGCAAACCGUUGAGAUCCUGGAAAAAGGACACUCUGUAGAUAAAGACAGUUCUAAUUUUUUGGAACAAGAUGGCUGCCUGCCUCUGAGAAAUGAGAAUAAAGUAGAAAGUUGCAACGAUGCCGGUCCACUUGCAUGCUUCCAAUUUGAUAACUCAUUUUCGAAACACACCAAAAAGCUGUUCAGAGAAGACCAGUUUGAGCUACUUGCCAUGAAGGCUGACAGAGAUCUGGAGAGUUUAACUGAAGAUGUACCAAAUAAUCUGGACAACGAGGACAGUCCUUCUACAACAGAGAUACUAGGAGCAGAAAGAUCAUGGGAAAAAGCUCCAAGUGCUCU